AUGAAGCUCUUUUCUUCGGUAUUAUGGGUUCUGACAACCAUCCUGGUGGCGAAUGCGCACAGCUUACCGUCUCCAGAACACACAUGUGUUAUCCCUGCUUCAAAAGAUGGGAGUGAUGAUUCUCCUGCGAUCCGCGAAGCGUUUGCCAAGUGUGGUAACAAUGGGAAAGUUGUAUUUCAGAAAGAUACUACAUACAGUAUCCAGACCGUCUUGCAGCUACAUAAUUUGAAGAAUGUUCAAGUGGAUAUGCUUGGCACUCUUGAGUAUUCGACAGAUGUCCGGUACUGGAUCCUUCACGGGUCAUACUAUUACUUCCAGAAUAUCUCUAUUGCUCUGGAGUUUUCUGGCGAAAACAUUGUAAUUGACGGACAUGGCUCUGGCACGAUUAAUGGCCAAGGCCAAGUGUGGUAUGAUCUGGCUCUUGGUGUUGGUGGGCUAUACGGGCGUCCUAUCCCAUUCUGUCUACGAAACGUCAAAAAUGCAGUGGCGAGGAAUUUUAGAAUCCUGCAGUCCGGUAAAUGGAACUUUGUCAUGGUGGAAUCUCAAAACGUUCUCGUGGACAAUAUCUAUUUGUCUUCUACUUCUGACGACUUCCAGGCCAAUCCAGGCAAUCUUGGCAAUACAGAUGGAUUCGACACCAUUAACAGCAACAACAUUACUAUUCAGAACAGCUGGGCAAACGUUGGUGACGAUUGUGUCAGUUUUAAGCCUGGUUCUACAAACAUGCAUGUCAAGAACUUGACCUGCUAUAACAGCGCAGGCAUUGCAAUAGGCAGUCUUGGUCAAUAUGAAGGAGUGCGCGAUGUCGUUGAAAAUAUCACGGCAGAAGACGUUUCUCUCUACGGAAGCCGCAAUGGAGCUUAUAUCAAGACGUAUGUAGGUAAGAGAACCUACUGGCCUCCACAGGGUGGCGGCGGCGGGAAUGGUUAUGUUCGCAAUGUUGUUUUCAAGAACUUCCACAUAGAAAACAUCACCGCUUCACCUGUUCUUAUCCAACAGUGUACUCAUUGGGCUGGAUACAACGUGCCAGCAUGUGCUGAUACACCACCCACUGGUUUCUUUUCGAAUAUUUCGUGGUCUAACUUCACGGGAUAUAUGAACGAAAAGGUCGGAACAAAGGCAAUUAGCUGGACUUGUUCCCCUCUUGCAACAUGUGAAGGGUUUUCGUUCAAGGACAUCAAUGUCAAGUCGGCAAACGGAACAGAAGGCACAUAUAGCUGCACGAAUGUCGUUGGCUAUGACUCGACCUGUCAGGCACAAAACUGA